AUGUUGAAGACAGAGAAAGCGUUGAUGACAGCCGUUGCCCCGUCCGCAGUGCACACCAACGCAGACGAGACGGAAAAGGACAGACCGCCGCAACGGCAAUCCAUGGAUGGUUCACCACCCAGUGGUGGUCGAUCAGUUCAAUUGAACCAUAAUGGCCUGGAGGAGGAGGAAGAUCACGAGCCAUCGGACACAAGUGACACAGAAGAUGAAGAAUCUCCACCACAUCUCGUCUUCACUGAUGGUUCAUGUUCAGAGGGAUCGGAAUGUAGUUCAAGAAGCUCUUCACCUUUGAGCAACUUCGAGCCAUGCGGAUCUCCCGACUCAGAAAUUUGCGUGACCAACAUUAUCGAAGCAAUUGAAGAUUGUGAGACGGAGGUUGAAGUGGAAAAUGGAGAUGAUUUGGCACUGGAAGUGGAAGAUGUGGAAGCCGGUUCGCCUGCCUCUUCGAAUAAGGACGAUGUUCCGGUUGUAGAGCCGUGUACAAGCAACCCACCAUUUUUGGAAAGAGACGAGGUGGACAUGGAAGUUUCUUCUGGGGAUGAAUCGGAUGAGCCAAUACCAACUAUGUCAAAUGCAUCUGUUUCUACUACGGCUACACCUGCUCCAGCAGUAGUCCAGCCUACACCUGAGGAGAAGAAGCGGAUUGAGGAUAACAUACAAGCUCUAAUGCGGGAGUUCGAGCGUAAGCGUCUUGAAGAGAAAAUACGGAAGGUCGCUAGCGUUGAAAGCAUUCCGCCUGCACCUAUGAAACCUCAAGCGGCAGUUAUUUAUGACGAGGAGACUAAGGUCAACGCUGUGUCCACUUCUGGUAUUUCUCCUAGCCAGGAUCAAACAAGCAGUGCACAGGUUCAAGAGCAAGUGGCGAGUAUACAGGAAUGCUGUACUAAUGAAGCUAACAGUCAACCUUUGGUCAAAUCGGAGCCGGAGCCAUCUUCUGUAGCGUACUCACCCGCCGAUGAUGUUGUUACAUCCGCAGACGCUACAUCCGUAGAUGUUGCGCCUGCGGCCGUAGCGAGCUCAUCUUGUGAAGUUGUCAAUACUGAUAGCAGUGAUGUAAAGAAAGACGAUGCUGCAUGCGAGCUUCCUUCAUCAUCAGUUGAAGUCCCUCCUGUUCCUAUCUAUGAGGAGAUAGAGCAAUGUAUCUACAAAGUUGAAAGCAAGAAGAAAGCUGUGUCGCUCAUGUGCUUUUGCCGCAGUAACAAUAUGGAUUGUUCUGAUGGGAGAUGUGACAAUCGGGCAAUGCUUACCGAAUGUCCUAAAAACUGCCUAGGAAAAGAUAAAGAUUGCAAGAACAGGCGGUUUGCAAAGCGAGAGUACGCUCCUGUUCAAGCUUUCUAUACUGGUCCGCACAAAGGUUUCGGCGUUCAGGCAACAGCCCCUAUCAAAAAGGGCCAGUUCAUUAUCGAAUAUGUUGGUGAAGUUGUACCACCGGACGAAUUCGCAAAGCGUUUGAAAAGAUAUGGGCGAGACCCCACGCACACUCACCAUUAUAUGUUUGAAAUUGGUUCAAUGGUCAUAGAUGCAACUAAAAAAGGAAAUUGCUCUAGGUUUAUGAACCAUUCUUGCGAGCCUAAUGCUGUCUGUGAGAAGUGGUAUGUCCCCAAAACACCUUGUGCCAUAGACAGGAUCGGAUUCUUUGCAAAGAGGGACAUCGAAGUUGGGGAAGAGAUCACGUUUGACUACCAGUUUCAAAACUAUGGGCGGGAGGCGCAGCGUUGCUAUUGUGGAGCAGCAUCCUGUACUGGUUGGAUAGGAAAGCCACCAGAAAUAGUGGAUGAUGGCGAUGAUGUGGCCGACGAGACAGAAUCGGAAACCGACGAAAGCGAGAGUAGCGCGGAUGAGGAAACAAAGGUUGCUCAAAGAGCUGCUCCUCGUCUGAAACGAAGGCAUCGUUAUCGAGGAAAGGACAAUCUUUCAUUGGCUGAUAUUGAAAAAAGACUUGAGAAAGCGGUUGCAUUUGGUUGUCGCAAUAGGACUCAUGUACUGGGAUGGAUCAAGCUCAUGACUGAAAUAACACUGUUGAAAAACGAAGCUGGAGUUUUACGGCCUAUGCAUUGCGUCGCAGAUACAAUAUGUUCCAUCGUAUCGCAAGAGCCUUCGCUACAACACAUAUUCGUAGCAAAUGGUUUACCAAACAUCUUCAAAAUGUGGCUACGAACGCAGUUUCCGGAUGCAUUGUUCGGCGAAUCUCUCGAUUUGAAACUUGUCAUCAUUAGGUCGCUGACGAUUAUGCAGUCUUGUGCAGAUGCCAUCAACGCACGCGCUCCUGAAAUUCUUCCAAUGAUCGCCGAUUUGGCUACUUUUACCAUCACAGACGCUAUCUAUAUCCGAGACACGAUGGAGUUCAUUGUGGACAAGGUUUGCGAAGACGAAGAAGAAAUAAUCGAGGAGCGACGAGUUCCUCUAGCCGUACGUCUUGAUCGUCUCACUCGAGCUGCUAUUCGCCUGCAAGCAGUGCUUCAACAACACGUCAGCUUUCGGAUACCUAAGAAGGUGAAAGUUGAUAGAGCUGCUGCUGGCAAAGAGGCUGAGCUUGCGAGAGUUGAGGACCAGUUAUCAUCGAGGAACCACGGCCGCUAUCUGAACUUCCAUGGCAGGCGAAAUGGGACCAUCGGUCCUAAUGGGAAAUUUCGUUUCCGAAUAUCACGAUGGAGCAAGGACUACCGACCCAGGAAAAGAACAAGAAGUUCGUCAAGGGAUGGUGGUAUCACAGAAACUAUCCGUUGUAGAAUUGGCCCGUGUACGUCUAUCACUGAACAUAUGCGCACUGUCAAACGAAGUCGUCUUGAUGAUGAUGAGCCUAUAAUAAUCACAAAAGUCAUACCUAAUUGGCCUCGACCAACCGUUACCACAAAUAUCCCUCCUCCUCCACCUCCUCAAAUUAUCUCACCAGCGCAGUUGAUCAUCCCACCGCCUCCCACCGUGUUUCCACCUGUUCCACCUUUCCCCGAAUUUGGUCCCUAUCCCAAUUAUCCAAUGCUUGAUCCGGGAUACCAAGCCCCAUACGAAUGUCAGCAAGCGCCGCUUGACGACUUUGAUCCGGAAGAAUGUCGCAAAUAUUAUGAAGGCUACGAUGUGGUUUCAUUACAACAACGUACGCAAAGCCUCCUCAAAGAGAUGGCAAUUGUGCAAGCGAUCCUUGAUCAAAAAUUGAAUAAAAAAAAACCAACGACACCGCCCGUCAUCAUUGCCCCUAAAUCUCCGCCUCCACCGAAGACUCCACCACCUCCUCCUCCUCAAAAAGAGUACCUGUGGAGAAAAGCAGUUGAUGAAGAUGGAGCCAAAUAUUAUUAUCACAAGAUUACGCGAGAAUCGGUGUGGGAACUCCCCGAAGGAGAAGAAAGUGAUCCAGGCGAGCGCACACCUACGCGUAUGCCGGACACGUCAGGAUGUGGGAACGACGAGUCGGACAAUGUUGAAGCUAGCAAGCAAAACGAUCUGUUAUCGCGCUGGUCCGCGAUAUGCUCUCCACAAGUGUCUACUUCUACUAACACACAGUCCGCUACACCUAGCUCAACAGCUGUAACGAAUGGUUCCGCAACCUCAAAUGGCACUCAGUCUUGUCAGAAGAAACGAGAACGUGAACGACGUCUCUGGGAGAGAUUCUCUAGCGAGGCUGAUCGCAAACGGGCGAAGAAGUUGAUGGGAGAGAUUGAGAAGGUUGUUGGUCCUAUCAUAAUUCGUUAUAUCGGAAAUCGAGAAGAUGCCACCAAAAAGAAGAAGGAAUGGAUUAUAAAACAGGUUAGUAAAGAGAUGCUGAAACGUGAGUCGGAACGGCCUGAUUUCAACUUUACACUAACAGAAAAAGGCUCCAAACGGGUUACUGAUUAUGCUAGCGCUUUUAUCAAGCGGAAAUGUGCCAAGGAACCGAAAGAACUUUGGAAAGGUUAUGACGGUUCUCCUUAGCUUAAUGUGGAGUAUAAUUUCAAAUCAUCUCACUGCCGCAGUUUAUAUCAGUCAGGUUCUUUCCAAAGUCAGUUACUGGUCACAUCAUCGAUACUUUCAGUGUUAGGCUCCAAGUUUUAGGCAUAUAUGUUUUGAUAUUUGUAAAUAGCAUGUCCGGUGAAUUGUCUCUAUCUUUCAAUAGGACAUGUUCUAUAAAUCUAUUUAUAAACAUUCCUAGGGAAUUUUUCUCUGAAGAGUCAUGCUUAUGAUGUUUUCUCGUAUGUAUCUUUUGUAGAAAACCUAGGCUCUGUUUUGUAGAUAAGUAACGUGCGAGUUUAUCGGUGCUGAUAUAAUCUAACAACUGAUCUUUACGCUCGAGUUUCUCAGCAUAUUUUCACAAGAAACCCAGUUUAACCUUAAACGGAUGAUCUAGGCUUGAGGUGACAUAAUCCAUAUACCUCCUCUCGCACAUUGCUUCGUAUAUACCAGUUUGGUAGGUUGUGUUUAAGGAUUGGUCUUUCUUUGCCACUGUCCUACAUGAACUCAAUAUACUUGACUGUUAUCAAAUAUUGUUGUGCAGCAGAUUUGCUGUAAUUCUAUGCUAUGAUUGAUAUAAUGUGUGUUCAUGAAUUUUACUGAAAGUAAAAC